AGUGAAUAUAAAACCCUGUCUGAAUUGAGUAGCAUAUCGGCCACAGUGCUGUAUGCAGAGCUGUCGAUGCACUGUGAUGACGGAGAUUACUGGCGACACAGGCACUGUGUGUGCGCGCCUUGGUUUUCAGUAAAGGUUUUUGCUGCUACCCAGUUUUUAACUGUUUUACCAGGGAGUUAUAUUUGAUGUGCACGAGCCUGUUGCAGUUGUUUGACCUUUAUUACUGUUACCCCCACUUAAAGAUAUAUGCAAGAACUGAGAAUUUACUACCUCUUGACGCUGCUACUUUUUUUUGUAACGGUGCAACUACAGCGAUUCACAUCGCAGGUACAAAUCAAAUUCAACUUCUGUGUCUUGAGGAACAUAUCAUGCCGGGGAAAAAGACAGUGAAGAGGCCGUCACCGCCAGAGGAAAUCAAGGCAGCCAAGAAAGUGAAAGCCUCUUUAGUGUCACACAGCUCCCACAGGACAGUGCCGGGCCUGGUGCUGGCUCUGGGGCAGGGAGACGUGGGGCAGCUGGGGCUGGGUGAAGAUGUGAUGGAGAGGAAGAAGCCGGCACUCGUCUCCCUCCCUGAGAAGAUUGUCCAGGCCGAGGCUGGAGGGAUGCACACAGUGUGCCUCAGUGAAACUGGCAAUAUCUACACUUUUGGCUGCAACGAUGAAGGUGCUUUGGGGCGUGAUACGUCGGUAGAGGGGUCGGAAAUGAGUCCCGGCAAAGUGGAACUGAAGGAGAAAAUAGUGCAGGUGUCAGCGGGCGACAGCCACACUGCAGCGCUGACAGAGGAGGGCAUGGUUUACAUCUGGGGAUCCUUCAGGGAUAAUAACGGAGUGAUCGGUCUGUUGGAGCCAAUGAAGAAGUGCAUGUUGCCAGUGCAGAUUCAGAUAGAUGCUGCAGUCCUCAAAAUAGCAUCAGGCAACGACCAUCUUGUGAUGUUGACAGUGGAUGGAGAGCUUUACAGCUCGGGCUGUGGAGAGCAGGGGCAGCUGGGAAGAGUCCCCGAGCGCUUCACCAACAGAGGGGGCAGGAGAGGCCUGGAGCGCCUCUUGAUCCCCCAGUGUGUCCCUGUGAAAGGCAGGAUCAAGGUCCGCUUCCAGGACGUGUUCUGUGGGGCUUACGUUACCUUCGCUGUGUCACAGGAGGGGCACGUCUACGGCUUUGGGCUCUCCAACUACCACCAGCUAGGAACUCUAAGCACCAGCUCCUGCUUCGCUCCUCUAAACCUCACUGCCUUCAAGAACUCUACCAAGUCCUGGGUGGCGUUUUCUGGGGGACAGCACCACACUCUCUGUCUGGAUUCUGAAGGUAAAGCGUACAGCCUGGGCAGGGCAGAGUACGGGCGGCUGGGUCUGGGGGAGGGAGCCCAGGAGGUGAAGGAGCCCACCGUCGUGCCAGGGCUGACGGGCGUGCAGUCAGUGGCCUGUGGAGCUUCAGUGAGCUGUGCUGUCACCAAGGAUGGACGUGUGUUUGCUUGGGGAAUGGGCACCAACCUGCAGCUGGGCACCGGGGAGGAGGAGGAUGAGUGGAGUCCCUUGGAGAUGACAGGGAAGCAGCUGGAGAACCGGGUAGUACUGUCUGUGUCCAGCGGAGGGCAGCACACUGUGCUUCUGGUCCAGGACAGACAGCAAAGCUGAUGAACUCUGCAAAGCCAAGAAUCUGAAGACAGACAGACAAUGAGCCAUACAUCUCUGGAGGAAUCUGCAUAUAAUCACCUGGAAAAUGUACUGUUCAAUCAUACUAGAGAGUUAAAAAUGUGAGAGGCAUAGUCUGAACUGGGAUGGAUUGAUAGAUCAUGAUAAAAGAAAAAACAAUAUAUACUUUUUAAUUGUGUUUGUUAGUUUUUGAGUCUUCAGUUUGCUAUCCAGGGACAUUUGUUAAUAUACAAAAAACUGCUUUUAAGACAGAUACAAAAUAAGCCUUUUAAAGGAGAUGUGCACAUGCAGGGAAUCUAACAAGCGUGGUCGUAGUUCACAUUAUGUGAUUUUAGUAGCAUUUUCAAGUGUACAAAGUUGUCCUUGUAAAUUACCUUUUUGUUCAUAGAGGUGGAUGAACCCAUGAUAGUAUAUCUGCUGACGUUACCAUUAUACAGGCUGGCUUCUAAUUUGCGUGCCAUAUUUAAACUUCAUUAAACAUUAGCUUGCUGGUGUAUGGAUGCAUGCACUGUUUCUUCAUACACUUGAGCAAGGGUUGGUUCUGUCAUGAGGUGGAAAUAACAGUUAGUAGACUUACUGCAAUUAUAAACAUCUCUGUUUAAUGCAACAUUUGCUAAUUUCAUCCUAUACUGUAACAGUUCAACUACAAACUUUAACACUUACAUUAACAUGGUAUUUAAUCCUGACAGAAUCUGCUUUUACAGGACUCAUUUAUUUACCUUGCCAACAGCGCAUGUUGUCUUUAAAAGGGACACGGAGUAGAUGGGUGUGUGCAGUGUGUUGCUCGUUACUAGCUGGGUGUGUGCAGUGUGUUGCUCAUUACGGAUAUGUGAGCCUCUACCGGGUGGUGAUUUUUUUAGUAGUUUUCCUUCCCUAUUCUUUAUACAGUAAUUAAUGUCACUGCCGUGGGUUCAAAGCUUUUCAGCGUAGCCGCUAACCUUUUGAAGUAACAAUUCAGAUGUUGGAAGAAUAUUGCACGUCUGGUUUUGUGAAGGCUGAGGUGUAGUGUAUUGGCAGUUUUUCGCAGUCUGGCAGCAUGUGAACCAUUUUACCACUCGUUCGGUAAAAGCAUACAAUUUCACUCACUUCUAAAGGUGCAAUAUAGAGUGUUAUUUAGUGCUGCGAUCUGUAUGUGAUACAUAAGAGCUUUUUGAAGGAGGCCAGUAGUGUAAAGCAUGUAGGGCUGUGUAUGCUUACCUUUAUUAGGUAGCAUUUUUGCUCAAACUGCGUUAAUGGUAACUGAGCUGACCUGGCUGUAAUGGGAACUAUUCUGACUUGGAGGUUGCCCCUAAUGAAGAGAGUAGGCAAUAAUACACAAUAUACAUUUUUGAUAGCAAAGAAAUGUUGAGUUUUAGAAGUCUCAUUUUGGGGGAGGGAUGACGGGGUAUGCUUGUACAGUAUUAUAAGGAGUGAGAUUUAUUUGAGGGCUGGGUUUAUGUAGUUUGUGGCAAGUUGAAUUUGGGGUAUUUUAGUGACAGCCAGUUUUAUUUACAUGGUCUAUUCUGUUUUUUUUUUUUUUUAUCCUGAUUUAAUCUCAUCUCCUGAUCAGAAAUGAAUGAGCUUGUUGUAAUGAGUGGGGAAUUGAUUCAUCUGUAGAUGGUGACGUGAGGAAUUAUUUACAUCAGGGUUCCGUCUGUGGCUCCAAGAUGUGCUGGAUGUAAAAUCUCUGUUCCGAUUUGUGAUUAUUUUUUUAUGUGCAGGGGCUUUCCAACAGGAGGGUAAAAUAAUGUGUUAUUUUAACAAUGAAUAAAUACAUUUUUUUCAUAA